CUUUUCUAUGGAUUUACUAUACUAACUCAACGUGACGUAAUAUUUUAUAAAGUUAAUAUUACAAGAAGAAAAGGAAAAGAAAAAUACUUUCACCACGAGUUUGUAGUUGUUAGGAAUCAUAGCAAUGUACAUGUAUGUACAUUGAAUUAUUCGGAAAUAUUUGUCGAAAAAUUUGAAGGGAUCUUUAUUACAUGAGAACCGUCGUCACACCCUACUGCAUCGUCGACUACAUGUGCACGAGUACAUGUGCAUAGGGUAUACAUGUCCAUCUACCAUCACCGAAGGCAUUCUUCUAUAAUUUGUUCAAUUUACGCACUGACACGUACGAUACGUACGAUACGUACGGUCAUUCAUCGAGUUAUCCAUUAAAUCGUUAAUCUAAUAUAUAAAUCGACGCGACGACUUUUAAUAGGAGGCGACAAAGAGUGUAAUCCUUUCGAUGAUUGUAAACAAAUCAAACUAUCGUUACUCAUAAUGGGCAUAGAUGGGCGACAUUUUAUUCGUAUUAUAGGUAUACCUAACCGACUAAUGCAAAUACCGUAUGCCGUAUAGUAUAGCGAUUUAUUUUCAACGUUUAAUAACGUCCAUCAAAUAGCCAUCGAGAUUAGUUUUUAUUCUUCUAAAACGUAGACGGGAGAAUAUUUGCAUCGGAUAGUUGGUGUAGUCGCAUACAUGUAUGUUUCAAUCGCGAGAAAGGUUUCUCAGCUGUGAGACGCUUUUUUUUUUAGAUGUAAUGUAAGCGAAUCGAAUAGCGGUUACACUGCGAUUACUCGUACGAUACUUAUUUUCUCGCAAUUGUUAGAUUAAAGACUAUUUUUAAAUUAUGAGAAAAAUUCAUUAUGCGAUUUCUAUCGUCAUGGACUCGCGUACACGUUUAUCGUUAGAAUGAUCGCAAUAAUUGGCCACUUGAAGGAGCUUUACACGUACACUGCUCGUAUUAAAACUUUACUCGCGAAACUUUACUACUGCGUGUAAUAAGUGCUUGGUGCACCCCGAGACUACGAAUAAUGGACGCAGGGCUAGACGAUAAUUAUUCGAUAAUUUGGGUUUUACAUCGGCGUUAGCGUCGUCGUCGCGUUGUAGAGAAAAUGGAAGAAACGAUCAAAAUGAGAAGGAAAAAAGUAGGGAAAGAACACGGAAUAAAUCUGCGCCUCUCUCUCGUUCUCUCUCAUUGUCAGCGCUCUCGAAUCAGCGAGUGUACUCGUACUCGUAGUCGUGCGAAUCUAUGUGAAUAUGCUUAAUCCAAACUGACAAUGAACAAGGCACUUUGGAGCGGUUCUCAAUUAUUUCAUACACUCAAUCAAGUGGCAUAUAGAAGGCCUGUUAAAGAUAAUUGCGAAAUUUAUUUACCGGAAGGUCAACCAAUUUUAAAUGCCUUACUUGUAAUCAGUUUUACUGUUUGUCUAAAUGCUCUUACGACAAAAAUUAAUAAGACGACAUAGCUGCAUAUUUAUACAAUAUAUUUUGCUUGUUGCUUAUCGCUCGAUUUCUUUGUUAAAAUGUUUAUUAAUAGAGUGAUAAGGGAAUUUGCGGAGUUUACGGUGCGGUGGUGAUCGUUAUUCGCCAGUUGAACGUUGUCAUCGAGUAUUCGUGUCGUAGCAGACAAUGACUAACAAUCAAACUAAAAACUCAUGGUUUAAUUAACGGUAAUUCGCUGAAGCGCCAACCCCAAACGCGACAUCGUCGCCUCGCGUCGUUUAGGUUCAAGCGUGUUCACUUGUUCGGUGUUGACGGACAGUUGAAAGGAAUAUUUGCUAGUUAAGCUCGGAAAUGGGAUUAAUUGGGUGGAUCACGCUGGUAUACCGGAAACAUUUAACGCAUCGAUUCCGAAACGAAACCGGUUAAACGUUCCAAGUAGAAUAAUUCCGAGAAACGGACGGUUCAAUGUUGAGAUACGAGUACGCGACGCGACGCGACGCGACGCGACGCGACGCGACGUAGGCAAUAUAUUAAUUAUUCAAAGGCAAAUAGCUGUAUCAAGAUUGGACGCACAUCGAUGAACAAGGUGCGUGACCAAACCACAGAGUAUGGAUGCUUAUGCCUAUGCCUAUGGGCAUCGGGUUCGGACUUUAGAAUCGAUCCAAGUUGCUUUCUACAUACAUAGAUCCCAUUAGCGCUGCCUAUCAACUCGCCUCGUAAUCAUAAGCCAGUCGACUAUCGACUAGUGAUAAUGAGAAGCGAUACGAAAUGAAAUCCGAUUAUGCUAAGAACCAUGACAAACGCUUUAGUUUGCCGUGCAGUUAUACGGAUACCAUCGGAUACCAUAACAUUUGGACAAAUUGAUCCAACGAUUCAUCUUUCCGAUGCAUUUUUCAUUUUUGCAAGGGUAGACUAGGUCUGUCCCGGCAAUCGAUCAAUUUAUUUCUCGAGCAAGUUUUCCAAUAUUUUCAAACUUACAAUAUUACAACUUCAUACAUAUGUACGUUAAAACAACUUGGAGUGGCAAUUUUAGCGAAAUUGUAAACAAAGUACUAUUAGCUAUACGAUUAGUAUUAGUCACGAUUGUACGCGGUUAAUUUCUCCCGUCGCGCGUUGUCGAGAGAAAUUGUCGAAUAUCGGCAGCGCGUGGAUUUGUCCGCGCUCUUGCACUUUCGGAUCGAUGAUAAAAUAUGCAAAUAGGACGCGACGGGGUAUAAAAAAUUCUAGAAAUACCGCGACGCGGUCAGAAUGGUGGCAACGACAAGCGACAAGCGUCAAGCGAAUUCGUGUGCAAUUAGUUGUUCGGGGCACGAUUAAAAUCUUGAAGCUGACGCCUCUUCUACGAGAAUAUUGAAAGUUAAGAGGAUAACCGGCGAGUUCGUUAAUCUUUUUGCCACGAUCGAUUCAUCGUGGAAAAGAUUUCAAAUAGAAAGCUUCUAUAAUAUUAUACAUAUAUGUAUAUUGAAAAGAAGUUCGAUAACAUUAUUAAUCGUAUCAACUAAAACUAUGGACAUUUUAUUAUAUAGGAAAAAUUCAUUAUUUUCCGUUCGGGGGAUAAAUACGAUGUGGUAUUCGAGAAAUUGUAGAAUUUCAAUUCUACGGAAAACGUAAUUUAACUUAAUUUACGUUUUUCCCGACUACUACAGAACUUGUUUCAUUUACGAGGAAACGAACACGCAUCGUGGUAACCGUGCACACGUUCCGCGCCAAUGAUGAAAUUACCUUAGGAUAAAUACAAAGGUUGUAAUCGAAACAGCCAACCGAGACGAUUUUGAAUUUACAUUUCCAUCGUGGCCUGCGUUUCUCGAUUACCGUUGACCGGGCCGCGGCCGAACUGCAGUGGUCGUCCUGAUUUUUAAUGGAUGCAAAACGAAUGCAUACAUUACAUGCACAGCGACAUGCAAAUCGCAGAGCACAACAUAGUCGUCGCGCGUCGUUGGACGUGUUCGCGCUGACAUGACGGCUUUCUCGGGAAAAAUAAUUCUUUGGAGAAAAGAUUAAUUUCGAUCACAUUUUUCAGUCUCUUUAGUCAUUCUUGUUUUUUUUUCUUUUUCUUUUUCUUUUUCUUUUUCUUUUUCUUUUUCUUUUUCUUUUUUAACGAAUCACCAGACUACUACGACGAUGUUUCUUUAACCGUAGCAGCACUAACAAUCAAACGAUCUCACAAUCCGAAUUAAAACGGACGAAACAUGGAUCCAUUUUCGUUUCCGUCUUUGUUUAACAGGGUCAAUCACAGCUGCAGGCUAAUGUAAAUGUAAAUUCACAUCUGCCGUAGAUUUUGCACUCUCAUUGUGUACAUACGUGUGUAUAUACUAUACAUAUGUACACCGAGUCAUCGUGUGCUUUCGAUUCGAUUCGAAAGUUCCUUUCAUUUAUUUCAUAACCACAAAUUCAGAUCUAACCAUAUCUUUUCUAUUAUAAAUAAAUGGGUUUCGAAUUAUUCGAAUGGAGUUUGCACGUUGUAACAUGGUAGGUAUCUGUUUCAAGUCUUGUAUCGAAAUAAAAUUAGUUUAAAAAUCAAGUAGCGUAAUCUGGUAAAAGUCAGAGGUGCAGUUUCUUCGACGAAACCUAUUUGAAACAUUUAUCCCGAAAAUAAUUUGAUCUUUCCGUCGUUUACCUAACACAAUAUCUCAUCAUCAUAAAAAGAUGCGACGAGAUUUUUUUUUUUUUUUUGCAAAUCCAUUAGCCAAAAUUUUAUAAUAAACAACACGUGCAUCGAGAUAUCGAAAGUGAGAAUGAAUGCGAUACGAUGGUCAGGUAAGGUAAGAGACUGGCGUGUCGCGUCGGGCCGCGCCGCGCCGCCCCGCGCCGCGCCGCGCCGCGCCACCCCGGGCCAAGUCAGACAUGCGCUCUUAAGGAGAAAAUUGUGCCGGCGAAAGGAGUUGUGGUCUGUGGCGUGGUGUGUGAUGUGAUAUGGUAUGGUAUGGUGUGGCGUGGUGGCAAAACCCACGUUUCAGUUUGUCGCGUGUGCUGACACGGUGCGCAUGUAGUCUUGUGGAACGGUCGUCGAAGGAUGUCGUGAAAACUUGAAAAGUCUCGGCGAGUUUCAUCGAAAAGGAGGCCAAUACAUAUAUCGAGGAAUGAUGAAGUCGAGUAGAAGGAGGACGACGACGACGACGACGACGACGCCGAAACCAAUAAAGUGCCAUGUUACGUUAACAUUUACGAAUCGUUACUACCGAGAAUAAUUUGGUCACUUUAUUCGAGUAUUCUUUUUAUGGAUUUUGCCAUCGCCAAAAGCAGCAACGAUCCAACAAACAACUCUUUUAAUUGACGUCGUCUAGCCUACUUCCAUCCGAUUUAACAAUAAAUCGGGCGAUAUUAUUACGCGAAGAAUUGUAACAAUGACGGAAUCGCUGAUACCGUCGGCGUCGGUCAGCAACAACCAAACGCAGACGGAAAGCCAGAGUCACGGUCAAACUCAAGCUCAAGCUCAAGCUCAAGCUCAAACACAAGCGCAAGAUGAGAAGAACGAGAAAACGGAAAAAUUUGUUUUUCUGCAAAUACAGGAUAUCAAUAGCCAAGUGGCACAAUUCCGCGAUUUGCUGAUAAACAUCGGGCAACCGCGAGACUGUCCAGAACUCCGUGAGAAAAUUCGAAGAUUGCGUCGAACGUGCGUAGAAGCGUGUAAAGGCACGUCUCAUCUGAUACUGCCACAAGUACGAAGGACUACGGACAUCGGAAUCCCUGUGGACAGUCCGAAUUUGAUGCUUCUGUUUUACGCUGUUCAACUGUUUCUACGCGAACUCUACAAAAGCAAAAGUCUCAUUCGUCUUGUGCCCAUGGAUAUGACCGAAUAUUACGAAUCGCGAACUGGCUCGUCCAAGAUUGGCAACGCGAUCUCGCAAAUUGUUUUGUGCGCGCAGAUUACACCGAAUUUCUACGAGGAGGAACUGUGCAGUAUUAAAAAAGACUCGGAGGAAAUUCGAGAGCUGAUUGACCAACUGCAAGAGUUUAUGCCUCAGUCGGACGGCGAUAUAGAGAAAUACACAGCUUUGCAGAAUCUCGGAAGCAAGGGCAUCCGUAUUAACGGCAGACGAACGCAACGAUGGAAUCAAACCAACGACAAACCUAGUAGAUCCGCUAGACAAUCCUCCUAUUUUCGCGGAGCUCUGAAUCUCUUCUGUUGCACUGCGAAAACUAACUACCUUUAAAUUAAUCAGACAUCUCUUUGCCAAACGAACAAGAAUUUCAUUUCAUUUCAUUUCUUCGACACACGUAUAAACACUUUCCACCUACGUUUAACUUCUAAGCAAAUCUCAUUGACAAGUUAUGAGUUUUGAAGCGCGGAAAAGUAUCUUCACCAGUCCAUUUUAGACUGCAAACACCUUAGAAACCAAAGAAAACCAUUCGUGAUUCAGAAUCGUGAAAUGUAAAACUUCAACUAGUCGAUUAGUCGAUAAGAGCCUGACGCAAGCUUUAUUUAGUUUACAAGUCUAGAUCGAUAAUAUAUGUAUACAUACAUACAUACAUACAUGCAUACAUACAAAGUAAUUAUAUUUUUUUAACAGAGCUUUAUUUUCAACGGAACUACUCAGAGUUGAAUUUUAUUCAUAUUCGAUGAAAUAUUAAACUCUCGGAUCAAUUAUCGCAUAUUUUCCAUUAUUCAAUUUGUACCAAUGGUCGUAGAACGCUGUCUAAAUGUAUCUACUCGUCGACGAAAAAUGUUGACAUUUGUUCGCCUGAUUAGAUACAAAACUUGACAGCUCGUACCUUCGUAUAACAGCUCUACGACUAUAUUUCUUCUGUUCUGCUUCUGUUAACUGUGGUGAAACAUCAUUUCAAAAUUCAACCUUGGUGGGUUAACGUUCACGUUCACGUUCAGGAUAGGUGAACAUAACGUACAGGUGAACAUAAGCGGGCCCAAAAUUUACAUUGAGUGUAUAUCGUUUACAAAACAAUUACAAAUCCCACUGAUUAGAUUAAAAAUUAUAAAAGUAAAAAACUCGAUACUAAUCGCGUUAGAUAUUAAAGAUUCCAAUAUAUUCUUGUACGCGGACCAACAUGGACCACGUGUCGCUCGUUUACCAUAAGAGUGACACAACUAAAUCGAUAUUAUGAGAUUUUAAAUACAAUAGAUAUCGCUAGUAGUGUAUUUCUGUGAUAAAUAACGACGUAUAUCUAACUUGAUUAUUUUCUCUCUCUUUCUCUAGGUAAGAAUUUUUUUAUCUCGUACACCUUAGAUUAUAAGUCGAACUACUAGGAGGAAUUGCAUUGUAUUAUAUCUAGAUGUACUUUGACAAAGGAAAAGGAUAUAUCUAUAUACAAAGUCUAUCUAUACUUAUACAUUUAAAUAUUCAUACAAUAUGCACACUUUAAAUUAAUUUACAAACAAAGUGUAUAACGAAAGUGUUAUUGUUCUGUAAUAUAUAUACAUAUAUAUGUAUAUGUGUACAGGGAUCGUUUUACCUCUCUCAAUAAACACUAUACUAAUCUACUAUGUUAUAUGUUACCAAGUUAAUAUUAACGAUAGCUAUCGUCGAAAUUGUAUGGUUCGCGGCUUAAUUAACUGUACUUGUGUCAGAGAUAACUAAUCUACUCGUUUACUCAGGCUGUGGUUUUCUUUACUGCAUUUUGCUGUAGGUUCAUCCAACACAUUUAUAGCACUACUUUUACAGUAUACCAUUGUCCAUAUUAAUCCACAUCGGACCUAACCCAAAUUAGCCAAUUAGCAAAUUAGCAAAUUAGCAAAUUAGCAAAUUAGCAUUAGCAUUAGCAUUAGCAUUAGCAUUAGCAUUAGCAUUAGCAUUAUCAGUA